CAUCAAGUCAGUCAGAGAAGUUUGGAUAUUUCAGAAGACGUAACCUGCCAAGGUGAGAUGAAACUUUGAUGGUGCUGGAAAACAUCCGCCAUGGCGAGGUCAAAGGCGCGCGUGUACGCCUGCUGCGCACUGAUGCUGCUCAGCGUGCUCGCUGUUAUUGUGUGUGUUGCUGUUCUUGUGAGGAAGAAGUGUCCAGAUGACACCUUCUCUAGAGCUGCAGUGGCCGCGGACUCUGGCAGAUGCUCACAGAUUGGACGGGACAUCCUCCAGAGAGGGGGCUCAGCGGUAGAUGGCGCCAUCGCUGCGCUGCUUUGCACCUCCGUCAUGAACCCACAGAGUAUGGGCAUCGGAGGGGGGUCCAUAUUCACAGUGAUGGACAGCUCUGGUAAAGUGAAAAUCAUCAACUCCAGGGAGACUGUUCCCGGGAACUUUAAGCCUGACCUGCUGGACUCGUGUCCCAAGACCUUCCAGAUGGUGUCAGGUAGCUCCUGGAUCGGGGUCCCAGGUGAGAUUCGGGGCUACGAACAGGCACACAGGCUGUAUGGGAAGUUGCCGUGGGCGACGCUCUUCCAGCCGACCAUCCAGCUGGCCAGAGAAGGAUUUCCUAUCCCUCAGGUCCAAGGUCGAUACGUCACAUACAUCGAUACGAACGAGACCCGGUCUCUACGACAGUUGUACUCGGAUGAAAACGGGAACUUGCUGAAGACUGGUGAUAUCGUGAAGUUUGAGAAACUGGCCGACACCCUGGAGAUGAUCGCUAAUCACGGGGCAGACGCUUUCUACACUGGGAGAAUAGCCGAGGAUUUAAUCCGUGACAUUCAGGAGGCAGGAGGGACCCUGACGAUGCAGGACCUGGCGGCGUACAGAGUCACAGUGACUGAUGCGUGGGCUGUUCCUUUGGGAGAGUACCAGAUGUACAUCCCCCCGCCCCCCGCAGGAGGCAUCAUCCUCAGCCUCAUCCUGAACAUCAUGAAAGGAUAUCACCUGGAUGCAGCAGCUCUGGAGGGCGAACAGAAGACUGUCACCUACCAUCGCUAUAUUGAAGCUUUUAAGUUUGCCAACGGAUUGAAGAAACACAUCCGAGAUCCACAGUUCAGCUCAGAGGAAACGGCCAAGAAGUUCACGGAGGAAAGUUUCGCAGACCUCAUCCGGAGCUCCAUCAGCGACCACGAGACUCACGAUCCACAAUAUUACAACAUCAGCCUGGACCUGGACCAGGUGGGCACGACUCACGUGUCCGUGCUGGCUGAGGACGGCUCCGCUGUGUCCGUCACCAGCACCAUCAACCACAUAUUCGGAUCGAAGAUCUUCUCUCCGAGCACCGGAGUCAUCCUCAACAACGAGCUGUCCGACUUCUGCGGGAGAGUCGAUAACAUCUUUUCUGGGGAGCAGCCUCCCUCCUCCAUGGCCCCCGCUGUGCUGAAGUCUCAGACGAAGACGCUGGUGAUUGGAUCGAGCGGCGGGAGCAUGAUCACCACUGGGAUCGCCUCGGCGCUCCUUAACCACCUUUGGUUCGGAAAGAGCUUGAAGGAGGCCAUCGCUGCUCCUGUUGUUUUUGUCGACUCUCAAAAUGCGGCAAAGUUUGAACCCAGAUUUGAUAAGGAUGUGAUCGAGGCUCUGAAAGCUCUGGGACACAAACAGGAAACCGCCAAACAUUUCUACAACGUGGUCAACGCAGUGGAGAAGGAGGACGGCUGCAUCUGUGCCGUGUCUGAUGCCAGGAAGCUGGGAGACGCAGCCGGGUACUGAUGCUCGCAGACACCGGCUGCUGAUGCAGGAGGUUACAGAGACGUUCCUGCAGCCACGAGCCCACAAAAGCUGCAGCAGAUGGUGUUUGUCCUGCUUGAAAAUGAUUGAACGAGGCUCUGAAUAACAGGCCUCUUCAGCUGAACACGCUCAGUAACGUGUGGCGGGUGAACACGUGACCUCUGAACACAACCGACUGUAACAGUGACACGAUGGAUUUCACUGUGCAGGCAGAAACAGCUGCGACUGUAUCCGACCUGCCGUCGCUCCUCUGCUCAGCUUGGUUUUACUUAUUUUAGUACUUUUCACUCUUUUUGAUGCAUCGAUCUAAUAAUGUCGCAUUUUCACAUCAUACAAGUGUCUUAAUAGAACAUCCGUGUUAUUAUCUGAGAAACAGGAGGCACAGCUGGCUAUUUUUCAUCUGCUGAAGUUAAUAUGUUGGUGUUUUCUGGUGUCACCAUCCCUAUAUGAGCUGUUUAACACUGUUUAUUUAUGAGUGUGGAUGAAAUAUUGACAUUAUUUGAAAUAUUCCAACAGAAUAUGUUCCAUUCUUACAUAUUUUAUGAUUGAAACUCGUGGAUUCAAACUGAUUUUAAGGCCCUCCUCGUAUACGAAGGCCAUAAUGCAGCAGGACCAGGCUACACUGCGAACUGUCUCAUUUAUUGUUUGUCUUCAGCCACACUGUGAACAAACGACCUGCAGAUAUCAGGAAGCAUCUUGCUGAAUAUUUUAACAGAAAGCUGAAACUGAUCUCUUUAACUAGCCGUGACUUCCUGACACAGACCUGAAGCUUUGUGCUUCGCCUCACUCUGAUUUUCUGCUGUUGUUGUUGAUUUUUUACAUUCUGUGUUCAGUUUUAAUCUUUUAUUAAUGUUAUUCAGUGGUUUCAUUUUCCAUAUUAUGUUAUGAAUUGUCUUUAUUUUCAUCCUUAUUCUAUCUUAUUUUACUAUUAUUAUUAUCAAGCGGGUUUUAUUCUCCAUCUGAUUUUACAUGUAUUUGUUACGUCCAUUCUUUUCUAAGUUGGUGCAGGUGGUUUCUUUGUUCUUUGUGCUGUAUGAAAGGAUCUAUACAAAUAAAGAUUAUUAUUAUUA